AUGGAAGACCAAUCUGAAAUCCUAGCUAAAAUCCAAGCCCGAUUUCCAAGGGCUGCUGAAGGCAUCCAAAGUGGGAAAUGCCACCACUGUGGAGCUAAUAAAAUCGUAAUCGGCUGCUUCCCUCCUGAAGGCUGCGAUAUUCGCUACUGUGAGCACUGUUUAAAAGGCCAAUACCACGAAGACGUCGUAACAAAACUUGAGCAGCUAACCUCCUGGAUAUGUCCCUACAAACAAGGAAAAUGCAGUUGCACUGCAUGUGCAGUUAAGCACCUACGUGUUUAUUACUCAGAAAAAUCAGAUGAUCUCAUUCAAAGCGCUUUAGAUUACAAUGCUCAAUUGCUGCUGCAGCUUAACCACAAUAGGGCACUGAUGACUAAGCAGGAUACAGACUUGUGUAUGAAAAUUUUAUACGAAAACUUGAAGCAUUUGUCGAAGCUGGCUGAUUUGCAUAAAAAAGAGGAGAGAGGACAAACUUAA